AUGAAAAAACACAACCUGGGAGUGGGGAGGGAAAAGAAAGAAAAACAUACAGAACCAGCAAAACCACCAAAGAAGGAACAUUCAGCUCCAAGUGAAAAAGAAGUAAAAGCAAAAAUUGAUCGAGCCAAGGAAGAGGCUGGAGCUGCCUCCACUAAAAAAGGCGUACCUGGAAAGAAGGAAGAGAAAACCAAGGCAGUAGAGCAAGAAAUUAGAAAAGAAAAAUCUGAGAAGACUUCUUCAGUUCUGAAAGAUAAAGAGCCUAUUAAGGGGAAAGAAGUGAAGUUGGCAGCUUCCCCAAAGGAAAAAGAACCUGAAACUAAAAAAGAUGAAAAGCCAUCAAAAGCAGGCAAAGAAGUCAAGCCUAAGCCUCCACAACCACAACUAAAAAAAGAAGGGAAGCCAGAGCCACAAGUGAAAAAGGAAACAAAACCAGAACAAGACAUAGUGAAACCAGAAAAGACUGUUUCUCAUGAAGAAAAAGGUGUCAAGCAGGUAAAAGCCACCACAAUAGAAAAAACAGUCAAGCCUAAAUCAGCAAAAAAAGCUGAACAUCAAGAAAAAGAAUCUCCACAUAUAAAAACGGACAAACCAAAACCAACUUUAAAGCAAACAUCAGAAGUCAGAAAAGCAGCAGAAAAACCUGCAAGAGUAUCAAAAGACUCUGAAGAUGUUCCAGCUCCGAAGAAAGCUGAAGAAGAAGCUGAAGAUGUGUCUUCCACAAAGAAGCAAAAAAGCCCCAUCAGCUUCUUCCAAUGUGUGUACCUGAAUGGUUACAACGGCUAUGGGUUUCAGUUUCCGGUCACUCCUGCCCAGCGCCCAGCGGAGAGCUCCGCGCCACCCGGUUCUCCAGCACAGAAGCCACAAGGACAGUAGGCCCAUGCGCUGCCAGUAUCAGUGCUUUAAGACUUUGAGAAUAGCAUCUUCCAUUUGUCCACACUGGCACAGGCGAUUGACAUAAAGGAAUUCAGGGAAUUUCUUUGAAACUAUUCUACUGUUCUGCCUGGUGUAGAAAAAUAAAUGGGUAAAAGGAUUGAAUAAUCAGCACACGUGUUGAAAUCUGGCACUCAAGCAUCGGCCAUUCGUGUUUUUUGUUGGCCUGGGUGCUUAUAUGUUUCUACUUCCAUCACCGCAGGGUUGUUCACAAAUUCAUUUAAGGUUUACUUAACAAUGGUCUUUUAAAUGUAAUUGACACCAUUAAAAAUGAAAUUCCUGACGUCAGUUAGAUAGGUAUUUUUAAAUGAAAGCACAGACUAUGCUUUAAGUUUAAUGAGUACAGGAACUUAUAUAAAAGCUACUCUUUUCAUCAUGGGUAUCUAAACUCAAUUUACCAAUAGGUUGAUGUUUAAUAGUUUCGUUGUAUUUAUGUCUAUUUCUAUUUUAGUUGUAACUGUGCUCCAAGACCAGGUUACAGUUCCACCAAAGAGUACUAUCAGUUUCUUGUGAUGCUAUUUUUGAGCUCAAAAUCUCUCUGAAGUUUAGACAUGACAAGAAGGAAUAGAAAUGUUUGAUAAUCUUUUUCUCUAAGAUUGUAAUCAGGACAUUCUUUAUCUUGAAUUGUAUUUAGGACAUUCACUCUAGUGGAAAUACAGGCAGGUCUGGUGAAUCAUUUGUGUAAAAUACAAGCAAAUGAGACGUAGAAUUUUCAGAUUUCUCCAGACUGUGCCCUAAUGAAAAUAUCACCUGGGUGAAAUUUUACAUCAAUCACUACAUUUGGGUGACAGAUGCAAAAGUCUUUUCAUUGCACUUUGAAAGGAUCCUUCUAUGGAGUUAAGUAGCUUUUCUUUCUCCAAAAGGAAAACUAUGAAUGUCAUCAAAGUUGAAGGAAUACAUUUUAAACAUAAGUGCCUCAUGAGAUGUCUUACUUGUUUUUUAGGGAAUUGGUUAUCCGUGCCAAUGAAAUGAAUGACAAUCUUUAACUUGCUUGACGACACAUCAUUGGGCAUGACUGUUGUGGCUUUGCCAUCUUUUGUCUCCCAGUGGUAUACACAGUUGUGUUCUUUCUCACAUUUUUCUAAUAAUUAUAGAAGUCAUGCUACUGUGAUCUUUUCAUGUUUACAGUUGCAACUCAACUUAUGGCAAAUGAACUCAGGAAAUAAAUUGAGUUAUUUUUUUUCUAGCAUUCUACUUACCUUAUGGUGAGGGAGCCAGAGCCGAUACUAGCCAAAUGAUUUCUUUUCAAGGACUGCAACUAACUAAGUUCUUUAAUCCCAAGAUUUAGAACACCGUCUUACUAUAAUAUCAUUAGGCUAGGACAUCAAAGACAUCUUCAUUAUUAAUAAUGGAUUUUCAGUGACUUUUGUGAAAGAAGUUGGUCUUGGCCACAUGCUGGUGGACCUAACUCACACCACAGAAGUUAAUUACCAUGAACCAAGAUUAAUGACACUCCUUAUGGGGGCCUGGAAAGGUGUACUGUCAGGACUGACCAGAUGGUACCAGCUCACAAAGCCCCUGCAUGUAGCAAUAAACACUUGUGGUAGGACAAUGCAUAGAGUUUACUGCUCAACUGCUCCUCCAGCUUCUCUGAUUUAGCGAGUAAAAGAAAUAGCAAACAUGAUAGUUUAUUUUAUUUUAUAGAACAUAAUGAUUUGUUCAUUAGUUCUUAUAUUCAAUGACUAUUUUUUUAUUGAGUACUUAGUCUCUCGAGCACUGGGCUGUAUAAGAAAAAUAUCAGAGAUAAAUUCUAUUACCAGUAUUAUCCUGACACAAUGUGUGGCCUUGGAAAAUCUGUGAAACACACUAUUCUUGUUUUCCAAUAUGUAAAGUAAGGAUUUCAAGACAACCAACCUGAUACACAGAUGUACUGUGGACACUGACAAAAUAUCUUAUAAUGAAUAUGACAUCAAAAUUAAUUUCUAAAAUAAUACUUUUGGAUGUUUUCCCUUUGAGUGAAAUGAGCUUUUCUACAUUAUAUUAUUGUUUCUUUCACUUUCAUUAUGAGAACUAUUUGAUAAAAGCAAAAUAUGAUGACUUAUUAUAACUAGAAUUUAGACAAACCAAUUAGGAUUAAUUGUUAAUAAUAAUUGUUCAGGCUUAUCUGCUUAGAGUUACAAUGAUGAUAGCACUUGAAAAAUAUUCGCUAAAUUCUCAUCUGUUUGUAUGGUUCUACCCAAUAAACUUAUUAUUGGUUCUUUCAA